CACAAUGCAUUGCGCUUCCAACAUGGCGGCCCCCGUAACCGUCUGACAUCUGCGGGAAAAAGACAACAACAACUGAGGGGAAGGUGAAAAGUAACGUGUGGCGAGUUGAUGACAGUUCCGACCGGAGGAUGAGGCUGUUGUUGUCGAUGUGGACGCGUCUCCACAGACCUCCCGCCCUCACCGGCGCUCGGCUCUGCUCCGGGGCCCGCGGCGGUCCGCUAGCUGCCGGGGAAGAGACUCUGAUCCGGUGCUCCAGCCCGGAUCUGCUGCGGGCUCUCGGCUCGCAGGUGGAGGUGAAGACGGCCUUCAUCACCGAGGAGGAGGAGGCGGCUCUGCUGGGGGAGCUGGAGCCCGGACUCCGGAAGAAGCGAUACGAGUUCAACCACUGGGACGAUGCUAUUCACGGCUACCGGGAGACUGAGCGCGAGAGGUGGGGGGAAGCGAGCGAGCAGGUCUUGAGUCGUGUCCGGUCCGUUGCGUUUCCGGAGGGCUGUUCGCUCCUCGGGCCCGUGCACGUUCUGGAUCUGGACAAGACCGGCUACAUCAAGCCGCACAUCGACAGCGUCAAGUUUUGCGGCAGCACCAUUGCUGGGUUGAGUCUUCUGUCGGACAGCAUCAUGCGUUUGGUGAGGGAGGACUCCAAGAACCAUUGGCUAGACCUUCUGUUGCCCCGACGCUCACUCUAUAUACUGAGGGACCAGGCCCGAUUUAGCUUCACUCAUGAGAUCCUGAAAGAUGAAGAGUCUGUGUUCGAUGGAGAGAGAGUUCCUCGGCAGCGACGCAUCUCUGUCAUCUGUCGAAACCUUCCAGACUGACGCCCACACUGACUCGACUUGGACAUUCAUAAUGGAGCAUUACUUGAAUUUAAAGGAACUGUGUCACUGGUCUCUAUCUUUGAAGAAAUAACUAAAAGUCGUGUUCUAAAGUUCAAGAGUGAAGUGUUUAUAUUGAUAUAUAUAAAAAUAUAUGAAGAAGAAGUAAGUCCUGCACAGGGGGCAUACAAUCUGACUUUGUCUACAGAGUUUGAUCUUUAAUAAUACAUGUUAACACGCAUGUGAACAACAGCACACUUAAUGGAUGAUAUUUUGAUAAUUUAAUCAAAGAAGUAUAUUAACUUCAUAAAAAAAAAUUGAAAAAUGUCACAUGGGCCUCUUGGCACCAAUGAUUCUUUACAUUUUGAAUAUUAAGUCUGGUUGAACACUUCUGUUGAAAAUAUGAACUAACUAAGCAAACAAUUAUCCUAUAAUAAAGAAUCAUAAAAGAUCCAUAAGGAUACAUUAAAUAUUUUAUUUUUAUUUUAUUUAUUGAGUCAUUAACUUAUCCUCUAUCCUAGGAGACUACUUUAUAUAACCUAAAGGGCAGGAUCUGAUGUUUCUUAUGUCAUCUUUCCCUCCAGUCGGUAUAAAUCCCAAUAUACAAUGGGAAAUUGAUAUGGGUACACCCAUAACUGCAGCUCAAUUGGAGGCAGUUCUUACAAAGGCUCCGGAAUUAUAAAAUAGUUUUAGGUGCACGAUCAUGCAAAUAGAGAAAAAACAUAGGGCAUCAAUUACACUUUGCACAUUACAGGGGAUGAUUUUCCAAUUGAAUUGUGCUGGCAUUGUUUUAUUAAGUGAGGUUAAAUGUGCAUUUGUUGUUGUUUAAUGUCCUGUUCUUUAAACAGCUUUGGUUGGAAAUCACUGAAAAUGUCUUUUAUAUGAAAAUUAUACUUUUUAAUGUUUUGCUUGAAUUUUAUUUAACAGUUAGGGAUGACGUGCAGCAGCUUUUUAAAAAAAAAAAGCUGUUCAGUACCACUCUGUUGAAAACACUUCAGCAUACUGUGUUCAACAUCAUUUUAAUACACCCAGGCCUAACAGUCCAAUCAAGAUUCACCAAAUUGUACACACUCAUAGAUGUUAUGGAUUUAGGGACACUGUGUUCUCUCCCCUCUCUAAGGCAGAGUGCAUGUGGAUGUCAUGUCGGGGCAAGUGUGAGAGCUUGGGCAAGGUUCAAGGCUUCACUCCCUAGACCCCACAGAUAUGAGACGGCGUGAGCAGGAAAUACAGUCUCCAGAAAUAGAAAACACACUGGCUUGCAUAGGAACUAGCAGACCCAUAGACUUAAUGAUCUGUGAGGGUUUGAAGUGUGACUGCAGUAAAGCAGUCUUCAGAAUAUGAAAGGACAUCCUGCAUCCUGUUGUUGUAUUGAUGGAUUCAGAUUUUCUCCUUGGCCAAGCUUCAAUAAAUAUUUCAACAUAAGACAUCA